UUUAUGCCUUGGAGCUUGGCAACACUGUUGAGAGCGAGUGUUGUCGGUGUUGACGUUCCGUGCUUCUCGACUUGGUUGUUCCGUGUUCCGUGUAUUCGUGACGUUUCAUUUUUGGCUAGAAGGUGGCCCGUUUUCUCGGUGUUUUCCAGUUAGAUUUUCUGAAAAAACCCAUUAAAAAUCAGCAAUGGAUGAAGAAUACGACGCGAUCGUUUUGGGCACGGGCCUGAAAGAGUGCAUUCUCAGCGGAAUGCUGUCCGUUUCUGGUAAAAAGGUGCUACACGUAGAUAGAAACAAGUACUACGGAGGGGAAUCAGCUUCGAUCUGCCCCUUGGAAGAGCUGUUCUCCAAGUUUGGGGCACCGCCGCCGGAUGAAUCCUACGGCCGCGGCCGCGAUUGGAACGUGGAUCUCAUCCCGAAAUUCCUCAUGGCCAACGGGUCUUUGGUAAAGCUGCUCAUCCACACGGGAGUUACCAGGUAUCUGGAGUUCAAGUCAGUCGAAGGAAGUUAUGUUUACAAGGGAGGCAAAAUCUCAAAGGUUCCAGUGGAUCAGAAGGAAGCCCUAGCAUCCGACUUGAUGGGCAUGUUUGAAAAACGCAGAUUCCGUAACUUCCUGAUAUAUGUUCAGGAUUUUACUGCUGAUGAUCCCAAGACUUGGAAGGACUUUGACCCCAACACUCAAAAUAUGCAGGCGUUGUAUGAUAAGUUUGGGCUUGACAAGAACACACAGGAUUUUACUGGGCAUGCCCUAGCUUUGCACAGAGAUGAUAGUUACUUGAAUAGGCCAGCAAUUGAAACAGUCAAUAGAAUCAAACUGUAUUCUGAUUCAUUGGCAAGAUAUGGCAAAUCUCCAUACUUGUAUCCUAUGUAUGGUCUAGGAGAGCUACCACAAGGUUUUGCUAGGCUGUCAGCCAUCUACGGUGGCACCUACAUGUUGGACAAACCGAUAGAUGAAAUUGUGCUAGGUGAAGGUGGGAAGGUAGUUGGUGUCAGAUCUGGCACCGAGGUUGCAAAAUGUAAACAGGUAUAUUGCGAUCCGACUUACGUGCCUGACCGAGUAAAGAAGACAGGCCAAGUGAUCCGUUGCAUCUGCUUGAUGGAUCACCCCAUUCAAAACACAAAGGAUGCUCUGAGCACCCAGAUCAUCAUCCCUCAGAAACAAGUCGGCAGGAAUUCCGAUAUUUACGUCUCUUUGGUCAGCUACACACAUCAAGUUGCCGCUAAAGGUUGGUUCGUCGCCAUGGUAUCAACGACAGUCGAAACCGAUAACCCCGAGGCGGAGAUCAAACCCGGCAUAGACCUGUUGGGCCCCAUCCGUCAGAAGUUCGUCUCCGUGUCCGACUAUUACGAGCCCACUGACGACGGCCUCCAGUCGCAGAUGUUCAUAUCGCAAUCCUACGACGCUACCACACACUUUGAAACCACCUGCUUGGAUGUCUUGGACAUCUUCAAAAGAGGUACGGGCGAAGAGUUUGACUUCUCCAAGAUCAAACAUGAACUAGGCGAUGAAGAACAGUAAGUUUCUCGCCGUCUCAGUCGUUCCUGGUGGCGCAGUUAUGUUACGUAGGUAAUAUAUGUGCAAACAAUUAUUUUCCGUUAUACGAUCUUUUCUAUGUUUGUACCAUGCGGAAUAUGUCGUAGCUCUGAAGAUGUUUACACUGUUUUCCCCAAGUAGUUGCGCGACGUUGUCAAUUUAUUUUAUAUGAAGCAUGGUGUAGGUUGAUUUUUAACUGCAGGGUGUCACGUUACAAAUCAUGCAAACUUUACCCGACUAUAUCUUCGAAAUUAAUCGCAGGAUUGCUUUGAACACUUUUGUUCGGGAAGGCGAGAUGUAUAUCAUACUGAAUAUUAUGUUUUGUGCCUGGUCCUUUGCGGACGCACAGUCAAGUCAAACUCUACUUUGACUAAAAGUAACGAAUGCAAUUGUAGAGUCAAGAUAUUUGAGUAGCUGAACUUUUGUAACACCCUGCAUGCUCCCCAGUCUUGCUAAACUGUAAUAAUCUACUAGCACCUAAAUUGUCUUUAGUAAAUACAAAGAAACUGCAGGAAUAUCUCGCUUGGUCUGUCGACAUCUGGUUCAGGUAAAUAUUUGCACUAUUUCAACUGCUUUUUGGCUGGAGGUCUCUUUGUAUUUGCCAACAUUUAGUUUUGACUUAAGUUACUGGCGGACAAGAAAAAAUAACGAAUAUAUUGCGCUUGAAUUUCACCCUGUUUUCUUUAUCUAGAUUUUCCGCAGAAUUGGGAAUUUAUAAUGUAAGUUUAAGGAAAAUUGUGAAACUGUAUUUAUAUUAUGAUAAUAUAUUAUAGCUUUAUGUUUAGUUAGGAGUUGCAUGUUUGGUGAUAUCGAUACAAUAUGGCACCUUGAGUAAAAUGUUACGUCAUUAUUAUACCAAAUGUUUGAAAAACGACGGUCACAACCAAAAUAAAAUAUUUUUUUGAUUGGGAGGCAACUAUCCAUAUAAAGCUUGGCAAGCUGUUGAUCUUUGACAGUAAAGUACAGGUAAAUAUCUCCAAUAGUUUAUAUGUCUAUAUAAAUCCUAAAUGUCUACAAAUUAUUGGAAAUAAAUGCUUUGUGUUCUUUUAAAUAAAUUGUAGUUUAAAAAACACUUUAAUAGCAUGUUGAACUGAAACGUAGAACAUUAUUUUCAGAUGGAGUCCAAAAAUCAAGUAUGCCUAAUUUGGAAAAAGAUCAAUAUAAAAAUUAAGAUAGGAGUAUUAGCAAAAAACUCAAUUAUAGCAAAAAAGAGUGAGGUAUUUGAUAUUAAAUGUUGUGAAUUAUUUUUUUAGUUGCUAUUUACAAAAUUGGAAUUAUAAAAAUAUAGUUGAUUGCACCUCACGGUUUUUUAAUAUAAUCGAUUUUUUUUAAAUCUUAUUUUUCAUAUUGAUCUUAUUCGAAAUUAGUCAUACCUGAUUUUUUGACUUUUAUUAUUGUAGUAAUACAAACUGCCCUAUACUUGAAAAUUAUUUUCUACUUUUUAGUUCGAUUUGCUAGUAUAGCGUAUUUUUUAGUCAUUUCAAACUAUAAUGUAUUACCUGAAUUUUCAGUCACAAAACGACAACAAAAGUGCUUAUCAAAAGCUUCGAUUUUUAGUGUAUUUUACAAACUUCGAGAUUUACAAAAAAUGUUCAGGUUUUUCCAAAAAUUUUAAAUUUUCAAUUAUUUUCUAGAAAUUCGUUUUUUCCAAGAUUAUCGUAUUUUCCGAAUUUUACAAUCUAUUUUUUCCAUAUUUCUAUUUUUUAAAAUUUUCGAAUUCGAUGUUUUACAUACACACAUUUUUCUAAAAUUUCGUAAUUGUUUAAUAUAAUCGAUUUUAUUGUAAAUCGUAUUUUUCAUAUUGAUCUUAUUCCAAAUUAGUCAUACCUGAUUUUUGGACUUUUAUUAUUGUAGUAAUAUAAAAUGCCCUAUACUUGAAAAUUAUUUUCUACUUUUUAGUUCGAUUUGCUAUUAUAGCGUAUUUUUUAGUCAUUUCAAACUAUAAUGUAUUUGCUGAAUUUUUAGUCACAAAACGACAACAAAAGUGCUUAUCAAAAGCUUCGAUUUUUAGUGUAUUUUACAAACUCCGAGAUUUACAAAAACUGUUCAGGUAUUUCCAAAAAUUUUAAAUUUUCAAUUAUCUUCUAGAAAUUCGUUUUUUCCAAGAUUAUCGUAUUUUCCGAAUUUUACAAUCUAUUUUUUCCAUAUUUCUAUUUUUUAAAAUUUUCGAAUUCGAUGUUUUACAUACACACAUUUUUCUAAAAUUUCGUAAUUGUUUAAUAUAAUCGAUUUUAUUGUAAAUCGUAUUUUUCAUAUUGAUCUUAUUCCAAAUUAGUCAUACCUGAUUUUUGGACUUUUAUUAUUGUAGUAAUACAAAAUGCCCUAUACUUGAAAAUUAUUUUCUACUUUUUAGUUCGAUUUGCUAUUAUAGCGUAUUUUUUAGUCAUUUCAAACUAUAAUGUAUUUCCUGAAUUUUUAGUUACAAAACGACAACAAAAGUGCUUAUCAAAAGCUUCGAUUUUUAGUGUAUUUUACAAACUUCGAGAUUUACAAAAACUGUUCAGGUUUUUCCAAAAUUUGAAAUUUUCAAUUAUUUUCUAGAAAUUCGUUUUUUCCAAGAUUAUCGUAUUUUCCGAAUUUUCCAAUCUAUUUUUUCCAUAUUUCUAUUUUUUAAAAUUUUCGAAUUCGAUGUCUUACACACAUUUUUCUAAAAUUUCUAAAUCUUUAUUUUUCAAAUUUUUUCAUGUUUUCCAAAUUUCAGAAUUCAUUUUUUUUAAAUCGGUAAACAUUAGGUUGAAAGAUUCUGUUACAAAUAUUUAUACAUACAGGUCAAGCUAAUAAGAGCGUCAUUUUUUAACUAUCGAUACAUCACAUUUUCCGAUGGUUUUUUGAACACAGGUCUUUAUAUUGCUUUAUGGGUCAUUUUUGAUCAAGAUAUGUUAUUUCAUUUUGAGUUGUGGCCAAGGAAGCUAGAGCAUUCCAAGUAGACUUUUUGAGUCGACUCCUCAUGUAUAAAUGAAAUCUCGACAUUUUGUUAGCUGGUCAAGAGUACAGGUAUUCUUUUUUAUGCACAACAGAUAAGGAUACUAAACGGUUUCUUUUACUGUAAAACCAAAACAAUAAACGUUAAAAUUUUCAAAA